CUCGAGCAUUGGACAUAAAAUUGUGUAGAAACCCAAAAAUGAAUCCCUUUGGAGUGCCAAUCACAGAUAAGACCUUGCAGGAAAUGUCAGAAUAUCGCGAUAAGGAAAUAACACAAGAAGAUAGGGCAAGAGAGGCGAUGAGAUUAAUCCAUGCUGAAGACAAGAACCUCAAUGCUCUUCAGCAUGCAUUGAAUCUUAAGGCUAGGUACGGUACCGGAGUUUCCACAUUAUGCCUUGUGUAUAAUGGUACUGGAGACACCCUUCAACAGGUGCAGCAGAUAGAUUGGUAUGGUUAUAUUUAUAAUGAACAACCUCCCAGGUCCUUUGAAAAUGGUCAGUGGCUCGCUUUCCUCCACGCCCACCCGACCGCCCAGUCCAGAGGCUGCGAAGCUGCUCGUGUGUACCGCGGUAAGAACGUUAAAGGAGAGGUUCGUGACUACAUGAUAGCUUGGUCUACCCCUUGGGGUCCUAGCUACCAAAACUCGGCAUAUACUGAGGUCCGUGGCGAGGAUCAUUUCCCCAAAUUUUGGUCUUAUAUAAGGGGACUGCUAGCAAAUGCUGAGAAAAUAACGACGGAUGAAACCGAUAAGAAUUGUACAUCGGCUGUGGGAAUUGGUGGUGUUACUUCCCCGGAAUUCAUUGCGAUACUUAAGCACAAAUUUAGCCCAGAACCAGAACCAUGAGCUGCCAUCAUCAUCGCUGGCAUCGAAUAAAUUAUUAAGACUAAAGUCAUGAUUUACUCAUGAUAUUUAAAUAAAUCAAUUGUAAUGAUAAAAUGUAAUGUGAAGUAUGGAGUGUUGUUUAAAUUUUUACUAUUUCCAAAAUAAUAACCAGUACACUCUGGUGUUGUGUAACCUAUUUUUCUUCUGA